AUGGCAGCCACUGCCGUCGACGCUGCGAUACAAUCAUUCCUCUCCUUACCAGCCGCCAUCGCCGCGAUCUACAACGCCGUGGGCGACCGGCGGAUUGCCAGGUCGGAUUUCGGAUUCGCAAUCGUCGACUGGACGAGCUAUAUGGUCUCUAUCGAGCCGUAUAUUCGCCGCGGGCUUGGAUACCAGGAUAUCGAGCUGCAGGCGCGAAGAAUCCUCGAUCUCUGUGCAUGGUUGGGAUACUGGCUAUAUUCGAUCGGGUUCCGGCAGUCGUGCGCGGUUGCCAAGAGGCUGACGAUUCAGAGUCUGCGGUUUCCGUACCUGUGGUUGAAUAAGAAGUGCAGACGGUUCGAGGCGAAGCUGGAGCUGAUAAAGAGUGAGGGAGAGCGGUUGAAGGAGACUUUGAAUGGUUAUGGUGCUGGUCAGGCGCAUGCACCUCAACUGCAAUCUCAGGAUGAAAAUCGGCCUGUGAUGGCGGGUAUUUCCACAGCUCCACUAUCAAGUAAGGAUUGCUUGACGGGUUAUCACGCGCAUUGGCAACUUACGUCGGCUAUAGGGGUGGGAAUGCUCCACGAAUCCACGAAUAAUUUGAGUUCGGUAUCUACUCGAUUGUUGAAGUCGUGA